GCAAUUGGAAGUUAUUAAUAAUGAUUUUUAUAUUUAUGCUAAAGAUAUUAACCUUGUUGAUACCAGUUUUUUUAAGAGAAAAUUUUUUGAAGAUAGUUCUAGUAAAUUAACUGAAAAGGGUAUCAGUAAAGUUAAAACUUCAUUUCCAAAUAUUUUAAAUGAUUCUAUUGAUGAUAAUUCUCAUCCUGUAUUGUGUUCUAAACAUAUAAGAAUUGAAUAUAGUGAUAAAUCUACAGACAUGUUUAAUAAUACUGUUGGUAAUGAUGUCAAGUUGGAUAAAGUUAAUGACUUGAGUGAAAUUGUUCAGAAUGAUUACAUUGAGAAUAUAUCAG